AUAUUUUCAAGGGGGAGGAGAUUUUCCGCAAGAAAAGGUUGUUUUCAUGUUUGGGAUCCAGGAAAGCAUCCAGCGGAGUGGAAGCAGUAUGAAGGAAGAGCCGCUGGGCAGCGGUAUGAACGCGGUGCGGACGUGGAUGCAAGGCGCCGGGGUGCUGGACGCCAAUACAGCGGCGCAGAGCGGGGUGGGUCUGGCCCGGGCUCACUUUGAGAAGCAGCCGCCUUCUAAUCUGCGGAAAUCCAACUUCUUCCACUUCGUCCUGGCCCUCUACGACAGACAGGGUCAGCCGGUGGAGAUCGAGAGGACAGCCUUUGUGGGGUUCGUGGAGAAGGAAAAAGAAGCCAACAGCGAAAAGACCAAUAAUGGGAUCCACUACCGGCUCCAGCUCCUCUACAGCAACGGGAUAAGGACAGAACAGGAUUUCUACGUGCGUCUCAUUGACUCCAUGACAAAACAAGCCAUAGUCUAUGAAGGCCAGGACAAGAAUCCGGAAAUGUGCCGAGUAUUGCUCACACACGAGAUCAUGUGCAGCCGCUGUUGUGACAAGAAAAGCUGUGGCAACCGAAAUGAGACCCCCUCCGAUCCAGUGAUAAUUGACAGGUUCUUCUUGAAGUUUUUCCUUAAAUGCAACCAAAAUUGCCUAAAGAAUGCAGGAAACCCACGUGAUAUGCGGAGAUUCCAGGUCGUGGUAUCUACCACAGUCAACGUGGAUGGCCAUGUCCUGGCAGUCUCUGAUAACAUGUUUGUCCAUAAUAACUCCAAGCAUGGGCGGAGGGCUCGGAGGCUUGACCCCUCGGAAGGUACGCCCUCUUAUCUGGAACAUGCAGCUACUCCCUGUAUCAAAGCCAUCAGCCCGAGUGAAGGAUGGACGACGGGAGGCGCGACUGUGAUCAUCAUAGGGGACAAUUUCUUUGAUGGGUUACAGGUCAUAUUCGGUACCAUGCUGGUCUGGAGUGAGUUGAUUACCCCUCAUGCCAUCCGUGUGCAGACACCUCCUCGGCACAUCCCAGGUGUUGUAGAAGUCACAUUGUCCUACAAAUCCAAGCAAUUUUGCAAAGGGACACCAGGAAGAUUCAUCUAUACAGCCCUCAACGAACCCACCAUCGACUACGGUUUCCAGCGAUUACAGAAGGUCAUUCCCCGGCACCCUGGGGACCCCGAGCGCUUGCCAAAGGAAGUGAUCCUCAAACGGGCUGCAGAUCUGGUCGAAGCCCUGUAUGGGAUGCCUCACAACAACCAGGAAAUUAUCCUGAAGAGAGCAGCCGACAUUGCAGAGGCUUUGUACAGCGUCCCUCGCAACCACAACCAGCUCCCAGCCCUUGCUAACACAUCGGUCCAUGCGGGGAUGAUGGGCGUGAACUCGUUCAGUGGACAACUGGCUGUGAAUGUCUCUGAGGCAUCUCAGGCCACCAAUCAGGGUUUCACCCGCAACUCAAGCAGCGUAUCACCACAUGGGUAUGUGCCGAGCACCACCCCCCAGCAGACCAACUAUAACUCUGUCACCACAAGCAUGAACGGCUAUGGGUCUGCCGCCAUGUCUAAUUUGGGCGGCUCCCCAACCUUCCUCAAUGGCUCAGCUGCCAACUCACCCUAUGCCAUUGUGCCAUCCAGCCCCACCAUGGCCUCCUCUACGAGCCUCCCCUCUAACUGCAGCAGCUCCUCGGGCAUCUUUUCCUUCUCACCAGCCAACAUGGUCUCAGCUGUGAAACAGAAGAGUGCUUUUGCCCCAGUUGUCAGACCCCAGACUUCCCCGCCUCCCACCUGCACCAGCACCAAUGGGAACAGCCUGCAAGCGAUAUCUGGCAUGAUUGUUCCUCCCAUGUGAAAGAAUUGCCUUGAAGAAUUUUAUUAAUGAAGAGAGGUUGGAUUCUGCUAUGAAAGUAAUCGGAUACAAGUCCCAGAGUGGAACUUUUAACUCAGGCCUUUUUAAGGGGAAUCACAAUAACUGCAGAUUUUUAAACAAAUAAAAUCGCUGACCUUGCAAAUACUGAAUUUAAAGGGGGAUCUGCAGGUGCAGGGUGUUGGUUAAAGUUGUGCCCUCCCAAGUAUCUGGGGGGAUAUAUUUAUUCUGUAUUGAUAAAAGCAAAUCCACUUUUUCUUUUUCUUUCUUGCUCUCUUUUUUUAAAGCUUAACUCUGCAAUCAUUGGUCUUUUAUAAACCAUAAAGCUACACACAAGGGCCACUAUAAAUAAGAUUCCAUGUUUUAAUUUAUGAUGUUUUUAAAGCUGUGUAAGGGGAGAAUGAAGUGGUGAUAUUUACAAAAAAGUUAAAAAAAAAAAAGCUUGUAUGGGACAGAAUAGGAAUGCCAGUUAGAUUUUUUAGAGAACUAAGGGUCGGCUUUUGCGCCUUAAAGCAUAUCAAAUGGUAAUUAGCUCAGACAGUGCAUUUUCAAUAUCUAACUUAACAUGCCAUCCCUUAGCAGUGCAAGCUUAUUUAUCUCUUUUGUAUGGUUGUCUUAAGUAACUGUGUAAAUAAAUGCAGCCUGGAAAGUUACCAAGUGAUGGAAGUGAUCACAUUUUCCCCGCGUACUCAGAAAAUCCAGUGCCUCUAGACAGAUUGUUCAAACUGCAUCUUCAAACCUGAUCUCAUUCUUUUUCUUACGUCAACCUCCUCUGAAGCCAAUGGCCUCUCGAGAGCUGAGUGGUACACACGCUGAGUGAGAAUCUCCUUUGGGACGUCAUGGAACAGGGUCCAGGCACAGAAUUCCACAUACGCCCUCCAGUUUUACCAAGCCAAAAUCUCACUCACCCUCCACCAUUCACAAGAUUCACCUUUAUUCAUCCUAGAAUCCCAUAUGCUGACUCUGCACCAAGACUCCAAAACUCAAACAGAAACAAAGCAGACUGACAGAAGCAAUUACACAGGCUUUUCACGUUCCCAAUCACAAUGGGCCCUCUAACAGUAGACCCUUAGCAGUUGUAACAUAAUAGAUUCAAUCAACAGGUAAAGUGAUUUGGAGUUAGGGUGAAAGGAAACCGAGGGAAAGGACGAGAAGGCAGAGACCUCUAAAUCCUAGCUUUCUGUGGGAAUUUUUGCUCUCAUCUGAGAAGUGUUCUUAAGAAUUCACAGCAAAGAUUCAGUGAGGUUCCCAGGAUGCGUUAGCCUGGUAGAUUUUCCUUUGCCGUUGUGUUUUUGUAUGUAGUUAUAAAUACUGUAGAUUUUUCUGUGAUUUUUUUUUUGCCAAAGUUGUUGUUCUAUUUAUACAUUUUAAUGUCUUAAGAUGGUUUUCAAUCUCCCAAAAAAGAUUCUACUGCGUAUUUUGCAAAGAAAUAAAAAGCUCACUACCUUUAGCUUGCACAUACUUGCAAAGUUAACUAAAAGGCUUUUUCUGUUUGUUUUAAUGGGGAUUUUGUAAAAUAUCCAUAUAAAUAAUGUAUUUAUCUUUGGAAUUUGUACAUUGCUUUUCCUGUCUUCCACCUGCAGUUUAUUUUAUUGCGUAUGUUUGCUAUGUGAAAAGUGGUAAUCCGUUUGGUCACCUAUGGUUGUAGUAGCUGUUUCAAUGUGAUUUUUAAACAAUUCAUUUAUAGGUAUUUUUAGUAUUGUUUUAAACCAUGCUUCAAUUUUUUUAUUUCCACCCAAAAGCCAUUGUCUAUUUUUGUAUUAUUUGUAAGUUAAGAAGUUUUUUUCCAAUAUAUGGCAAAAAUAGUAGCAUAUUAUUCUUGUAGUAUUUAGUUCUGUAGAUUUUAAAAAAUGUAUCCUUUGCUUUGGAAGCUUACAAAAAAUGCUCUUUUACUCUAUUGAUAUGCAUGGGAUCUCUCCCUUUGGAGUGACGCAUUUUGUGCAUUAAAUUUGGGGGAGAAACUUCAUAGAAAUCAAUGAACAUACUUUCUUUCUUUAGUCUGCUUGUAUAUUCCCUCUGUCUUUCACAUAAAUAUAAACCAGCAGAUUGGAUGCCUUAACAAUGCAAAUCAUAUCCAUUUCACCUGUACAUUGUAACUGUGCACCCGAACUGUCAGUCAUCACUAACAUUCUAAGAAAAAAAGAAAAAGGAAAAAAAAAAA